AUGGAGGAAAAGUUAAAAUCAUUAUUAAAAUAUUGUCAUAGUUAUGAUCAAGAUAUACUCGAAGGUUCACGUGUAGAAGAAAUAAGUCGGUUCUAUUUUGCAUGUAAGAAUGGAGAUACAGAUAUAGUUAAACAAAUGUUACCUACUAUUCCUUAUGAUCAAUUAAAUCAGUUGGAGCCUAAUGGCAGUACUGCUCUCCAUGCUGCAACAUAUUGUGGUCAUUUAGACAUUGUUCGUCUACUUCUACAUGAAUAUGGUUGUCAACGACAUCUAAGAAAUCUUUACGGUUUUACAGCAUAUGAAAUAGCACAAACAGAAGAAAUGCGACAAGUUUUUCAUCGACCAUCAAAUAAAAAUCGAUUUAAUGACGAUUCGAUGGGUUUUGAACAAACUUUUAGAAGACAUUCAUCAUCAAUAAAUCAAAUUGUAAUGGGUAGUCGUAUUGAUGACAAUGACGUUGCAAAACCCAAUCAACGGUUUUAUGUCGGUUAUGAAACAAAUGAAGAAGUUAAAAAGCAAUUAGAUAGUAUUAAUGGUGUUAAAGCGCUCUUUCAAUCACGAAUCGGACGAUAUAUAAUGAAGCAAGGAAUAAAAUUAAAACUUGGCAAAAGAGCUGGCUAUAGUAAGGAGGAAUAUCCUUAUAUUGCAAAUGAAGAAUUUCAACAAGAAUCUUUGCAAAAGAUAUUAGAUGAGAGUGUUACUUCGAAUCAUAUUGACUAUAAACAUUGCUGUUAUCUACUCAACGAAUACAUUCAACAAGGUACAAUCGAAUCUUUGUUAAAACUCUACACAUUGGAAACACCAUUUUAUUGGUCAUUAUUCAAAUCGCCAAGUCCAUUAGAAUUUCCACUUUUUAUGCAUUUGUCAGAUUUAAAAGAACGUUAUUAUCAAGGAUAUUCCUAUCGUGGUGUUCAACUGACUCAACAUCAGUUAGAUGAAUAUCGGUGGGCAUUGAAAACUAAAGAUAGUGUUUUAUCAUUGGUUACAUUUGCGUCGACAUCUAUUAAUCGAAGCGUAGCUGAGCAGUUUGCUGUAAAAUCAUCAUCAUCAGAUAAAAUAACUGCCCUAUUGAUAUUUCAUUUUCCUCAACCAUGUGACACAGCAAUCAACUUAAGUAAAAUUCCUCAAUAUCAAUUACCAUGUAUAUCAAAUUAUGAAAAUGAAAAAGAAAUAUUAAUUGCUCCACGAACAUUUUUCAAAGUGACAGAUAUUGAAAUUGAUCAACCUCCUGAACGUUAUACGAUUUAUUUAGAGAAUCGAGUCGCCGGUGGUUCACAUCGGGUCGAGUAUGUUAAAAUGUAA